AUGGCCCCCGAGGCGCCAGAUCCCCACAGCCUAAAGUCAUGGCAAGAUGCAUUUCAGUACCCAAUCCCCACGGCCCGUCGCGUGGAGCAGGAGCUCCGCCGCGACAUUGCCAGCAAUAAGGAGAAGCUCCGAGCUCUCGUUGGUACACGGUAUAGGGAGCUUGUUGGGACUGCGGAGACCAUUGUGGAAAUGAACAAGCAUAUCCAGGAGGCAGAGACUACCCUGGCUGAUGUUGGACGCCGAUGCAAUCCAAGGCUGGUGGAGAAGAAGCAUCUUCAUGCGCGGCGGCUUCAAAGUGAUGAUGCGGAGAAGAACGCAGAGAAACAUGCCUUUGGAGCCCAGCUCGCCCUACUACACCGAUGUACUACAACAAUCACACGGCUCUUACGUAAACGGGCUUCGCUGCUUCUUGUCGCAAAGAUACUGGCUGUAUCUAGGUGGCUGCAUGAAACCCUUUCGCAAUAUAAAGAUACACCGCCAUUUCUUGACGACCUCCGCAAACAGCUGACCUCCCUACGUCGAACUGUUGUGAAACGAAUCGACAGGCGCUUGGCUUCGAUAAGCGCCGCAGAUGAUAGUAUCAUUGAGUCUUUGGCAGCUUUCUGCCUGUUGACCAAGUCAUCGGCAGAUGACGCUAUUCAUCAAUUCCAACAAGUGCGCCUCGAUGUCAUUACGAGCCUAUUAGAGUCAUCCUGCGAGAAUAUCCCCAAAGCCCUUCGGUUAUUCAUUCGCACGCUGCAAACAUCUAAAGUUCUACGGUCACGCCAAUUUUCAGAUGUGCUCUCCAAGCUCAAAGCCAAGCCUAUUCUCUCCGAUCCCGAAGUUCGCGGAUUGGAUGAACUGGAUAUCGAGAUUCUCGGUCGUUGGGCAGCUCCUGCCGUCACGAAUUUCACUCCUUGGAUCAAACUCAGUGAGAUAAGCCGAUCGGAGAGCGUAAAUUCAAUCAAGAAGUGGUCACUCGAGGCAUUCGAGGAAUUUGCCGAAUGUUGUCAAAAGGCCCUCGCCAGAAGUAAGGACUUUUCGGCGCUUCUCUCUUUGCGCGCUCGCACAUUGGAGCUCUGGCUGUCAUCCUGGGGCUCGACUAUCACUCACCGAUCCGAAGACGUUUUUGAACGUCUUCGAAACACCUUUAGUCACCAUCUUAGACGUGUUUUGGCUGCUCAAGUGCAGACAAUCGAUGACGUUGCGGGUCAAAUUUCGUCCAUUAUUUCGGCAUGGGAAUCCUCCGAGCAUUCAUCUAUUAGAUCACUUUGGGAACCCGAUCUCAUCGUGGCAGAUUAUUCGAAUGGGGCUGCUAUUUUCAAACAGGCCGUGGGGGAUCGGCUUCUGGGCCGCGAUGAAGAUGUCUCUGCCGUAUUGAAAAAAUACCAGUCAUGGCUCACAUCUGUGCAAGAACUCAACGAAUCUAUUGAAUCACUCCGCCGUUCGAAAUGGACUGAAAUUCUUGUGGGCGGCGAGUUUGAGGACGAAGACAUUGAUAUUGCACCACGACUCAAUGAAGAAGACCCUCGUAUUCUGUCAGAAUCUAUGAAAUCUGCCAUUCGUGGGGCACUCGAGAAUCUGCAAAUAUCAAUAAGUGACGCUUCAAAGGCAUUCGGUGCCUCUAAUUCGAGUGGUAAAGCCACCUUCUUGCUCCGAACUAUUAGAUUGGUUCGGCGGGAGAUCCCCAGGGGAUUGGUUACCGAAGAUUUCACCUUCUCCAAAGAUGCCGUUCCAGAUCUGCAAAACUUGCUUGCUACAGCUGUCAUCUCGCAGAGUGGCCCACUCGCCUUCCUGCCAUCCUCCAAUUUGGAUACCGAGACCAAGGGAUUCAAGCUCGUUCCUGGUAGAUCGCUAUGGGAGGCUGAACUAGCCAUACCUUUGCAACCGUCACCCAGUACAUUUAAAUACUUACGCCGCUUGACCGCAACCAUGGAUGAGAGCGGGCCAGAUCUAUGGGAUCCAUCCACUGUACGAGUUUUGAAGGAAGUAGUGAAGAAAGAAUUGCAGUCAACCCUUGACUCUACGCUAGUUGCAUUGGAAGCAUGGGUCAUUCCAAACAAAACUGCCCCUGACGCUAAGGAUGGCGAUUCCUCUGAAGAUCGCGAAACAAAGGAGAAAAAAUCCGAGUCUAAAGAGAACGAAGAUUCCAAUAUCGAGACAACCGACACUCCAUCUCAGACUCAAACUCUCAAAGAUUGGAAAAUCCAAUUAUUUUUCGAUGCACUUUACCUAGCGAACAUGCUGGGUGACUCAACUCAGCUGGCUGAUUUCGUCGAACGUGUCCAAAAAAGCGCUGAAGCGAGCCCAGAAGUGGCUAAAUCGGCCCACAAAUUCGCCCAGGAGUACUGGAAGCGCACAGAGCUGCUUUUUGGACUGUUGGUGGAGCGGUAA